GCGGGAUCCGGGUGGCUGCGGGCAGCGGCGGCGGUGGCGGCUGCGGGGUCGGGGUCGCAACCGGGGCCAGGCCGCAGCGAGUUUGGAGGCAGAACCCCCGCGGGCAGCACCCCCCACGCGAGGUGACCCCUUCGGAGGGAGCGCAACCAGACCCACACCUCCGCGUCCCAGCAGGGCUGCAGCCCUCCCCACCUCCGCCCCCUCAGGAGGCUCCCUGUCAAGAUGGCAUCAGCGGGAGACCCCCAGACGGGCCAGCGGGAUGCAGCAGACCAGAACUUUGAUUACAUGUUCAAGUUGCUGCUCAUCGGCAACAGCAGCGUGGGCAAGACGUCCUUCCUGUUCCGCUACGCCGACGACUCCUUCACGCCCGCCUUUGUCAGCACCGUGGGCAUCGACUUCAAGGUCAAGACGGUCUACCGCCAUGACAAGAGGAUCAAGCUGCAGAUCUGGGACACGGCCGGCCAGGAGCGCUACCGUACAAUCACCACAGCGUACUACCGCGGAGCCAUGGGCUUCCUGCUCAUGUAUGAUGUUGCCAACCAGGAGUCCUUUGCCGCCGUGCAGGACUGGGCCACACAGAUCAAGACCUACUCCUGGGACAAUGCUCAGGUCAUCCUCGUGGGGAACAAGUGUGACCUGGAGGACGAACGUGUGGUGCCCACUGAGGAGGGCCGGAGGCUCGCCGAUGACCUUGGUUUUGAGUUCUUCGAGGCCAGCGCCAAGGAGAGCAUCAACGUGAAGCAGGUGUUUGAGCGCCUGGUGGACGUCAUCUGCGAGAAGAUGAAUGAGUCCCUGGAACCUAGCUCCAGCCCGGGCAGCAAUGGGAAAGGCCCGGCCUUGGGGGACACCCCACCCCCGCAGCCCAGUGGCUGCAGCUGCUAGAAAUGGUCCCCCAUCCCCCCACCCCCUCCUGCCUCGGCAGGGACUGUGACUGAGGCAUGAGCCACAAGGGCUGUUUCCAAGCUCAGGGCGCCCCCUCGCCUCCCCUCAGCCAUCCCCAAGUCCUGCAUGGCUCAUUCGCUGGCCAUGGCCACCAGCCUGCCCAAGCAGCCGCUGUCACAGGCUCCAGACCCUGAGGACCCUGCACUGUGGGCAGAAUCUGGGGAUAUGGGCGUGCACGAGCUUGCUGCUUUCAGGCGUUUUAAUGGGGGUAGUGUGGGCAGCGUGUCCCUCCCCACCUGGUGGAGGGACAUCCACAGUGCCUUCUGGGUCAGAACCACUGUCCACUCCAUUCCGUGUUGGUCAUGGCUUGGAGUUCACGUGCUGGCUGAAGAUGGUUCAUCUGUCUCGUGCAGUGUGGGUUCUCAUCCCUGGAGAUGAGGAAGGCGGCUCUGCCUGUGAACCUUCUCAGACCUCAGGGCUCCGAGGCGGGGCAGUGGAUUUUGGCCCUGGGAGACCCCUCCCUUCUGACCUGCAGCUUCUCUGCCUGUGAAAGCAGUAUUAAAGCGGCUUUUCCCAUUAUAAAGGAAGAGGGGGUCAGCCCUCCCCUGCCCCACUCCACUCGGCUUCAGGGACCCCAGAAGUGCCUUCUGAGCUUCCCCAGAAUUCCACAUCACUCAUGUCCCUGCCACUGUUUCAACUUAUCCACUGGAUCCCUGAUCCAGAAUGGGAUUUUGGAACUAUGGGCUGCAUCGGGCCAGGCAGAGAAUUACUCAACCCCUGGCAUUCCUGCUGGGGGCUUUUUACCAGGAGUUAACUCAGGAGCCAGGAGCAUGGGGCUCUCCUACCCAGACCUGCCACCCCACUGCCCCCGCCCCGGCCUUCUUUGCCUGGUAAUGUUUUAAGCAAGGUCUUUCCACAUCUGACAUCCUGCUAGAAAAGGAAAUUGAGUAACAUUCCUGUAGCUUGAGCUGCCGGGACAGCUUUUCCGAUGUGAGGACUUUGGCUCCUCCGACUUGAAAACCCUAGACCACUCAUGGCUGGCUUCCCAAGCCAUGUCACCGCAAGGGUCCAGUGAUGUUUUCUGCUCAUGGAGGAGUCAUCUAAGGAAUGCUUUGGGGUUGGGCUGGAGAGGCGAGGAGGCAGGGUUGGUUGACGGCUGUUGCUGCUUGCACUAGGCGAUACACCUUGGGAGUGGCGCGCUGAUGGGGUAUGGGCGGGGAACCGGUCUCCCAGGUGGAGGCACCAGCAGGGAACUGGCCCAACUGGGGUCCUCAGCUGCCAGGGGCCCCUGCUGGGAAGUGAUGCGCAGUUUGGAGAUCUAUAUCUUGAUGCCUCCCCGCCCCCCACCCAACUCAGCAGCUCUUUCUACCCACCAGAGUCCAAAUUCUGGUAGCAUGCCACCUCUAUCUGCCCUGCAACACUAACACUCCAGAACCUGACACUGUGCGGAUGGCCAAAGCGAAUGAUUUGUGUUCCCGUUGGCAGCCUCCCAGCCUCUGCCUCCAAAACAACUUCCCGUAGCCUUGAAGAACUCAACCUCCUCCCAGGAGUGGGGAAGAUCUGGUUCAAGUUCAACAUAGCUCUUUAUAGAAGCUGAAGAUUGAGUUUAUGUCUACAGGGCUCCGUUCACCCCAUACUGGGGGCUGUUUUUAGAGCUUCAAAGUGGGGAUAUUUGUCCACCAAGUUAGACGACUGUAGUGGGAGGGACAAGUUCCUGGAAAUGCAUCAGGUGAGGGUACCUGAAGCUUUGGGGUGGGAGUCAAGCAUGUUAGUUGCUUUAACAUAAGGGAGAAUUUAAAGCAACUAUAAAAAGGCUUCUUAAGAUGCACCACCGCCUGUCAAGAUUCUGUUGGACUGGCCAACAGACUGUAGCCAGAAAAAAUACAGCAGGUCAGAGUGCCAUUAUCUGAGGGACAAGCUGACUUUUCCCAUGUGAUAAAACACAGCUUUGGCUGCAUCUAGUCCCUGACCUGGCCUAAGGUUUCUGUUUACAUAAGAUUUUUCAGUAGUUCAGCUUCAAGUAGUGACUGAGACAGCUGCCUCUGGGUUCUCUCGAGACUGGGAAUGAUGUAGAAGAAUUUUUUUUGUUGUUUCCUCUAAAAAUAAUGCAAGUUUUUAUUUUACGAUGUUUGAAGGGGAGGUUUCACUCCUGAUGGUCUCUGGGAAACUGAAACAUACAUGAAGAUCGCUGCAGGGGAUGGAAGUGUGUUGAGUUUACAAACAGAAAUUAAGCCAAAGGCUGUGGGAAAACAACUUCCCAACUCCAGGGAGGCUGGGAUCUGGGGAGGUGACUUGAGGCUGUUUCCUGCAUCCACGCUGUGCCUUCUUAUCACCUGCUUUCAGGAACUUGUCUUUCCAUAGGCAGUUUCAGUGGGAAAUUGCUAUGACUGCUAUUUUGGGUUUGGGUUUCUAGUUUUUUUUCUUUCUUUCUUUCUUUUUCUUUCUUUGGCUUCUCCAGGGACCAUGUUCUUGUAGCUUUCUCUCCUACUCAACCAAAAAAAAAAUAAGUAAGGGGUGAACAUUUCGGUCUCUCUGUUGAAGCACUGAUUCUGCUAACUGGCUUCUUCCCAAUGAUCCCAAAAUACUCUAUGGCUCAAGCUUUGGACCUGGCCAUUUAUAUCCUGGAUGUGGUUCUCCCAUAUAAGCCAUUCUUUGAUGUCCACUCAGAAAGGUGUGCAUUUUUCUCCACAAAAGAAAAAGAAAAUUAAAGUCAUUAUGUCCAUA